CCGUAAAAGAAGAUUCCUUGAAGCAAAUAACGGUUAAUAGCAUCUCGAGGUCAGUCCUUUACAAAAAAAACAAGUAAAACCCACAAAGUGAACAAACAACGCAGCAAAACCGCAAUUGUUUCCCCAUUUCUGCACUAACACAUGACACAACACUCCAAUCCUCAUUUCCUCAUCUCCAAUUUUCUCUCUCCUCACCACUUUGCUCAUCCCUAAACCUCCCUAACUUCACUACCACUGUACUUCCCACCCUUUUUUUCCCUUUCUUUUUUGACCAAUCUUCUUCUUUAUUCCUCUCGAUGUUUUUUUUUAAGUGCAUCACUUUUCUAAAUCGAGCGUAUUUUAUUAUUCUUUAUUCCCCUUGAGUUUUCUUUUUAAGUGCAUCACUCUUCUAAGUCGAACGUAUUUUAUUAUUCUUAUAUUCCCUUCGAGUUUUUUUUUUAAGUACAUCACUUUCUUAAAUGGAGUGUAUCUUAUUUAUUUAACAAAGGGAGUCCUGUACAAAACUUGACACUACUGAACUGUAUCACACUCACUAGUCACUAUUUCCUUUUUUUUUUCUUCAUUUUAUGCCAAAACUAAUUUCCCUUUUUCUCUCUCUUCUUUUUUCUACCAAAAACUUUUGUUCUGGGUCCAUCACAAAAUUCCCUCUUUUUCUUGCUUUCUCUCUCUAUUAAUCACUCAAUUUCAAUAACUCUUUUAUUAUAGUUGAGGGACUUCUAAGAGAAGCUCUCACUUAAUGCCAAAUUCCUCUUAAUACAUACAAAAGCGUCGUAAAAAAUUGGUUUUACCAACGCUUUUUUCCGUCGGUUUCUUCUGAAAUGAGUGAAAUCCAAAAUUGUUAAAAAAAAAAAUCACUCAGUUCACUGUAAUUUCAUCUGGGUUUCUUCUACAUUGGUGGAUUUCUCUGCAUUUUUGGCUCUGUUUUUCUCUCAAGUGUUCCUGUCAACCUCUCCCUUCAGAUGCAAUAGUCAUAGAGGUUUUAUUAUUGAGACAGAAUAUUGAAACCACGGCACUGCCUCAUGGUGUUAUUUCUGCAUCUAGCAUCUUAAUAUAGCUUCAGCAGAAAAUCCACCAUGAAGCGUCAAUCCUCCUUGCUAGAACUUUCCGUCUUUCUUAUCCAAGUUGCUAUCCUUCCUCUCAUUUGUGCUGACUUGAACUCAGACAGGAAAGCUCUUCUUAACUUUAUAGCUAAUGUUCCACAUGGCCGAAAGCUUAACUGGGACGUUGCUUCCCCAAUAUGCACCACUUGGGCUGGUAUUACUUGCAAUACUGAAGGAACCCGUGUAGUUGCAGUUCAUCUCCCAGGAAUUGGUCUUGUUGGCUCUAUACUAUCCGGUACCAUUGGGAAACUAGACGCGCUGGAAAUCCUAAGUCUAAGAUCAAACAGCCUUAAUGGAAAAAUUCCUACUGAUGUUGCUUCUUUACCAUCACUUCAAUCCUUAUUCCUCCAAUCAAAUAAUUUCUCUGGUAGCAUUCCCGAAACACUUUCUCCUAGACUUAUGUUGGUGGACUUAAGCUUUAAUUCCUUCACAGGAAGAAUUCCACCAACUAUCAAUAAUUUGACAAGGCUUAUGGUGUUAGAUCUCCAAAAUAAUAUGCUUUCAGGUCCUAUCCCUGAUCUUAAACCUCCAAGGCUCAAGGUGUUAAACAUAAGCUACAACAAGUUAAAUGGCGAAAUCCCAUAUUCACUCAAGAAGUUCCCUAGUUCAUCAUUUUCGGGGAACUCCUUAUGUGGGCCGCCUCUGGACAAUUGCUCCUCGAGUAGCCCAUCACCUGCUCAAUCUCCGUCAACACUCCCUAUGAAAAGCAAAACUGGCAAUCGGGGGAAAUUGAAAAUAGGUGCCAUCAUUGCUAUAGUAAUAAGUAGCACUUUUGUGUUGUUUCUUGCUAUAGUGAUUUGCUUAUUAUGCUGUUUGAAGAGGAGAAGUGUAGAAGAUAGCGCGGUUGAUAAAGGGAAAGAAGUGAAUGCCAAGAAGGGUAAAAACCAGUUGCCAAAGGAAGACUUUGGGAGUGGUGUGCAAACAGCUGAGAAGAACAAAUUGGUCUUCUUUGAAGGUUGCUCAUAUAACUUUGAUCUCGAGGACUUGCUUAGGGCUUCAGCGGAGGUUCUUGGGAAAGGGAGCUAUGGAACAGCAUACAAAGCGAUUUUGGAUGAGGGAAUUGUGGUGGUGGUAAAACGGCUGAAGGAGGUGGGAAUUGGAAAGAGGGAAUUUGAGCAACAAAUGGAAAUGGUUAGCAAGAUUGGUCAACAUCCUAAUCUUGUGCCUCUUCGGGCUUACUAUUUCUCCAAGGAUGAAAAACUUCUAGUGUACGAUUACAUGCCCGGUGGUAGCUUAAGUGCCGUCUUGCAUGGCUAUGGUUACAAUGGAAAGACUCCCCUAGAUUGGAACUUUAGAAUAUCAAUUGCACUAGGGGCUGCACGAGGAAUACUCCACGUCCACUGUGAAGCCGGUGGAAAAUUUAUCCACGGAAACAUCAAGUCCUCCAACGUCCUCCUCACACAAGAUCAUGAAGGCUGCAUCUCUGAUUUCGGCUUACCUCUACUGAUGAAUUUCCAAGGUAUCACCUCGAGGAGCAUAGGGUAUCAUGCACCAGAAGUGAUUGAAGCAAGAAAAGCCAGCCAAAAAUCAGAUGUUUACAGCUUUGGAGUACUUCUUUUAGAGAUGCUUACCGGGAAAGCCCCUCUUAAGACUAGUCACGGACAAUGUGAUGUGAUUGAUCUCCCUCAAUGGGUGCAGUCUGUAGUAAGAGAAGAAUGGACUUCUGAGGUGUUUGAUGUAGAGCUGCUGAGGUGUCCAAACGCGGAAGAGGAAAUGGUGCAGAUGUUGCAGAUAGCACUGGCUUGUGUUGCAAGAGUUCCUGAUAUGAGGCCUAGAAUGGAAGAUGUUGUUAGGAUGAUCGAGGAAAUUAGACCAUACGAGUCAGAAGAGAGACCAUCUUCUGACGAGAACAAGUCUAAGGACUCUAACGCGGGUACUCCAACCCCCUGAUUCUUCGCGUUGUAGCUGAGCUCUCUGAUUGGUCAUCGGAGAAUGAUUUGUGAUACUCUGAUAGCCAUAUCGUAAAGGUGAUAAUGCUUAUUCCUAAUUUAUGCAUUUUUUUUUCUAGGCUUGUGCAACUGUUUGUUGAGCAGAUAAGCUUGUAGACUGGAGGAGUAAUGUCAAAAGGCACUUGUGUAAAAAAAUACGUUUGAUUAUAAGCAAUGCAUGAAUUGUGCUUUGUCCUUUGGGAA